AUGUCCGCCGCAGAAGACGAGUACGACAAGCUCUCCCCGGAGCAGCGCGAUGCAAAGGACAAGGCUGAUCGCGAUCGCGAGGCCGCAGAGCAAGCCACCCUCCCAUACACAUGGAAGCAGGAGCUUGGAGACGUUGACAUCGUCGUCCCCGUUCCCAAGGGCACGCGCAGUCGCGAUCUCACCGUCGUCCUUCAAAAGAAGAAGCUCAGCGUCGGACUCAAGGGAAAGGAACCCAUCUUGACCGGUGAGCUCUGCAAGGAGAUCAAGCUCGAAGAUAGCACAUGGACCCUCGAGGACCAGCAGACUGUAGAGAUUCACCUUGAGAAGGCUAACCAGAUGCAGUGGUGGGAAAACGUCCUCACUCAUCACCCCAAGAUCGACACCAAAAAGAUACAGCCGGAGAACAGCAAGCUCAGCGAUCUGGACGGCGAGACGAGAGGUAUGGUGGAGAAGAUGAUGUUUGACAAUCAGCAGAGACAAAUGGGCAAGCCAACUUCAGAUGAGCUCAAAAAGCAGGAGGCUCUUAAGAAGUUCCAGGCUGCGCAUCCGGAGCUCGAUUUUUCCAAUGCGAAGAUCUCAUAA